AUGACGAAAUUGGCGCGCGACGGGUCGCCGCCGCGGCAGGCCUGUCACCCGCUGGGAGCCGUCGAGCACAUGUCGCUAGCAGAACGGGAUCAAGAACAACUACAACCGUUGCGAUACACGUCAAACAGAUACACGGUAAGAGUAGGUCGGCAAAAAAUGACAUUCGCCGGUCACGGGCUCCGCUCGACCUCCGACCUUUCGAGUCGAGGCAAAAAGCUGGUGGGCGGGCACGCGGUCAUGAUAUGGGAUGACACGGGCUCCGUUUGUGCGGUAUUCGCGAAA